UCAGAAGUGAUUACCGAUGCUUCAGGCUACACUAAAGUUUUGUGUAGUUGCUGCAGUUGUGCUCUGAAGGUUAGCUGAACAACAUGGGGAGGCUGAGUUUUUAUGUGCUUUGUUCUCUGCGUGAUGCUCCCCGUCAGUUCAUCAGGAAAUCCAAUCGAUGUUGCUUUCAGGUCCACAUUCCACUGCCUCUCCCCAAACAACUGGUCAUAUUCGGUCUUGGUGAAUGGAAAAGCAGCGAGACUACAAUCUCGGUUGAUGUUCUGGUCAGUGCGGAAGUAUCAGCCCAGAACAUUGGUACUCUGUCUGCUCGAGACAGGUGUCUGGCCUGGGAGGGUGACUGGAGCCCUGAAAUGGUCACAGUGGCAGCAGAGAGAGGCAGGAGAGGAGUUUAUGGAAAGAUUGUGCUCACAGUGUGUGGAGAGACUUGUGACCAGCCCCAGGAUAAAUCCAGCGUCUUAAGCAGCACUCCUCUGGCUCAAAGGAAAUUUCGAUUCCCAGAACAGCACGAUACCACUGAUCUCUCUUGCACGUUACCUCAAAAUGCCGGAAAUGAAACGAUGACUACCAACUCGUCACAAUUGGUUGAUAGUGUUUGCUAUGAUGCUGACGUUCAAGUUAAUAGAAUCGACACCAGUGAGUCCACUAUUGAAGAUAAACCAAGCGUUUGGCCUACGGAUAAGACACCCAGAUGGACUCUUAUCAGUAAGAGAGGCCGUCUGACAUGGAGCGCUGAGGACGUGGAGAGCGUCGCUGAGGACACCGACCAGCCUUCAACCCCAAAGAAAAUCAGGCUGUCCAGGAUGAACAGCCAGGAGGAAAUGACUGUGCAGAUAAAGAAUGAGAACAGAGAAGCUUCAGUGUGUCCAUCAAUGCGCUGGAGCCAUACGAUGUGUCUGAGUGACCCUGCUACUGCUAUCCUCAUCGGAGGGGAGACGGCAGGUCAAAACCACUGCAAGGACUCCCUGUGGAAACUGGAGUUAGACAGUGACUUCUGGUUCCCCAUGAAUUCCUCCUCCUCUGGACCCGUGCCGCUGUGUGCCCGAGGACACUCUGCGACCUACGACCCAGACUCCAAGUCGGUGUUUGUUUAUGGUGGUAUGAGGGAGGGUCAGCGCUACAACGAGCUCUACAUCCUUAACACUCUGACGUGGACUUGGAAGCUUAUCACUGCAGGGGGGAAUGUUCCAAAUUUGGCGUAUCACUCUGCAGCCUUUUACAAGAAAGAGCUUUUUGUCUUCGGUGGAGUUCACCCGAGCCAUUCAUCUGUGGAUAAAUUCUGCAGCAAUGUUCUGUACAUCUUUAACCCCGAGUUUGAACUCUGGUACCAGCCGAUUGUAGAGGGGGACAAACCUCUGCCUCGGUUUGGGCACUCGGCUACACUGAUGUCAAAUAAAUUGAUCAUAUUUGGGGGACGGAAGACUGCUACCUACCUUAACGAUCUCCAUGUUUUAGAUCUGGGCCUCAUGGAGUACACAGCUGUGAAGUGUGGGAAUAUGCCACCACUGCCUCGAGGGUUUCAUGCAGCUAUACCAAUUUCAGAAGACAGGAUUUUAGUUAGUGGGGGUUGCAGUGCGAUUGGAGCUCUGCAGGAUGUCCAUAUCUUCAACACUAAGACCAACAAAUGGAGCUCAGUGGCGUCUCCUCUGCUGUGCUCGAAGCCUCGUGCAGGACACAGCAUGAUAAAGUUGGGCUGCUCCAUCCUGACAGAUGCAGAGAGCAAGGAAAAUGUCAGGGUCCACUGCAGAUUGCUAGUGUUUGGUGGAUCAGACUGCUCCGGUACCUUCUACAAAGACACAGUGAAGUGCACAGUGGAGAUCCCUGGUGACCUGUGAUGGAAAUCCAUUCAGGACUGUUUUUUUAUGUAUUAUUUUUAAACGGUAGAGGAUGCUGUGGUCUGCCACGACAGAAAAAUUAAGUUUCUGCAAGUGUUUGUAUCUAUAUGUCAUAUUUUUGUAUUUGGUUGUUUAUCUUUACGUGAUAUAAUUGUUGCAUGAUGUGAUCUGCAGCUAUUUUCCCUUUUUUAGUGUCUUUUGAAAACAUCCAUACCUCUUUCAGUCAAUGCUAUGCAAGCAGUAAGCUUAGAGGGUUUUACCUUUGCAUAACAAAUGUCUGUGCUCUGCAUGUUUCGUACAUUUCUUCAUGUCUUCUGCCUUGUCUCCACAUAUCAGUAUUUAUUUGAGGGUAAACUGCUGGACUGGGUACAAUGGAUAAAAUCAAAAUGUACAUGAAAUGCCAAUAAAUAUUUUUUAACUCAAA